UAUUCUGAGCACCACCAUCACAUUCACAUCAUCAUCAACCCCCCUGAUCUGAUAAUCUCCAUUCUUUCUUUCACCCAUUUGAUCAAACAGAUGGCAUAGAAAGCCAUAUCAACAUCCUUUAGGGUUUCCAUGGAUUCAGAACUCAAUGGCUUGUCAUCAGAACCCCAUUCCCUACAUUGUGAUUCCAAUCUUGAAGACGGUCCCAUUAAAGAUGAUCUCCCCCUCCUCCACUCCUCCAAACCCAUCACUACCGAUGACACAUCCACACCCCAGCCAGACAUUGAAGAGCUUGAGAAGAAAUAUGCCGCCUAUGUCCGACGUGAUGUGUAUGGCACCAUGGGACGUGGGAAGCUACCUUGGACCCAGAAGCUUCUUUUAGGGAUUGCACUGAUCACCCUCUUUCCGCUGCGUAUGGUGUUGGCUACGUUGGUUGUUGUGCUCUAUUACUUGAUUUGCAGGGCUUGUACUCUGUUUUUGGUGCCGAACCGGGAGGAUGAACAGGAGGAUUACGCACAUAUGGGCGGGUGGAGGAGAAGGACUAUUUAUUGGGUUGGAAGGGUUCUUUCAAGGUCGUUGCUUUUUGUAUUAGGGUUUUAUUGGAUCACGGAGACUUAUAGGAAUCCGGACCUCGACAGCAAAUUCAACGAUGAGUUGGACGAGAAUGGUGAAUCUGAGGAAUGUGAAAGACCUGGAGCGAUUAUAUCAAAUCAUGUUUCACAUAUCGAUAUUUUGUACCAUAUGUCUUCUUCAUUUCCGAGCUUUGUCGCCAAGAGAUCAGUGAGCAAACUUCCUCUCGUUGGCCUUAUCAGCAAGUGCCUUGGUUGUGUAUAUGUUGAACGGGAGUCAAAAUCAUCAGAAUUCAAGGGUGUUUCAGGUCUUGUGAAUGAUAGAAUUCAAGAAUCGCUUCAGGAUAAGUCUGCACCCAUGAUGAUGCUUUUUCCAGAAGGGACUACUACAAAUGGGGAUUAUAUACUUCCAUUUAAAACUGGUGCAUUUUUGUCUAAAGCUCCUGUUCUUCCUGUUAUUUUGAGAUAUCCAUAUCGGAGAUUUAGCCCAGCAUGGGAUACCAUAUCUGGGGUACGUCAUGUUAUUUUGCUACUGUGUCAAUUUGUUAAUAAUAUUACAGUGUUGAGGUUACCGCUUUAUUACCCUUCACAAGAAGAAAAGGACAAUCCAAAACUCUAUGCAGAAAAUGUUCGGAGAUUGAUGGCUCGUGAGGGCAACUUAAUAAUGUCGGAUAUUGGAUUGGCAGAGAAGAGAGUAUAUCAUGCAGCUGUCCAUGAUUUGUUUACUUAAAGAUGACCAUUGAUUAGUCAUUUGGCCAGAAAGAAAGAAAAGAAAAGGGAAAAUAAUAGCAAAAUUGUUUGAAAAAUGUAUGAAUGAGCUGGUAGCAGAGCAGACCUGAGAUUUUGGUGAAAUGGUGCUGCUUCCUUGGUCUCUACCAGUGAAGAAGAUUGAAGAAUGAAGGUGGUGGAAGGAGACCAGCAAAAAAGAAAGCAAAAUUGGUGUUUAUUUUUUCAAGGGUUUGUUAGUUUAAAUUAAUUAAUGUAUACUUACUGAUAACAGAAAACAAGUAAAGCAGAAAGUAGAUUCACAGCAGUUUGUUUCAGUGGUCUCAGUCUUUGAAGCCUGGUCUAACAAAAAUGGAGGAACAAACCACUCCC